AGCAGUAGCAAGCGAUUCUCUCCUUCUUCGGGUAGACACUCAGGAAAGCGCUUGAGUGAGGGCUGGUAUCUGCAGGCGUCGGCUUUUGGAGGAAGGAAGAGAUUCUCCUGCUCUCUGGAGGCAGAAACUGUUCGAUUCAUGUUUUCUUUGGAUCACAGAAGAAUUGCUCUGAGGGCACAUUCAAUCCUUCCUCUCCACUUCUCCUGAAAUGACAAGCUUGCUCAUUGCUCUGAAAUAGCUAACCCACCCCGGUGUAGUCACGCAGCUGAUCUCUAGAACUUGGGGAGAGGGGCUUGCGUGAAACCUGGCGAGCAGUUCUGUGUCUGCAAUGAAGUGGCCUCUCCUGUGCAGCAUGUUCAGCGUUGGCAGGUACAGCAUCCCGAGACCUGUCACCAGGAAUCUGGAGGAUCUGGACUCAGUGCAAAGUAUCCUACUGCACAGCGACCUUGAGCCUGAAUGGUUGGACAGUGUGCAGAAAAAUGGGGAAUUAUUUUAUCUAGAACUGAGUGAAGGUGAAGAAGAAACUCUUCUUCAAGACAGCUCUUCGGAGGUGCCUGCAGUGAAUCAUGUCAGGUUCUGUGAAAAUGAAGCUGAGGUUAUUCAAGAGGGAUCACGAAAAGAAAGGAAGUAUGAACCCAGACUGAAAAAAAUCACCAAAAUUUUAAAAAAGAAAAGCCUUUUACCAAAGCAUUCUGGUAAGAAAGGAACUGGUGGUAGUGAUGGGCAUCCUUCUGGCCCAACCUCCAUACUGAAACACCAAUCCACUCAGAAGGUGGGAGUCAUAGUCCAGCAACGGUACAAAGAUGUAUGUGUUUAUGUAAAUCCAAAAAGACUACCCAACGAUGGAGCAGGGGAAAAACUCAAGCUUCUGGAGGCAUUGGUAGGGAUUGUUCAUCAGUCUUCAUGGAGCAACAAAAGAGCUGAAAAGCAAGGAGAACAAGACAGAAGCAACAAAGGGAUCAAUGAAGAGAAGCUUGUAGUUCAUGGCUUGAUCCCAGGCAGCUCAGCCAUAAAAACAGGUCAAAUCUUGAUUGGAGAUGCCCUUGUUGCUGUAAAUGAUGUUGAUGUGAAUGCUGAGAAUAUAGAAAGGGUUUUGUCUUGCAUUCCGGGCCCUAUGCAGGUGAAACUUACAUUUGAAACUUCAGUCUUUGAGCAUGAAGGAACAUCUCAGCAAAGGUAUAAACAGGCACAGUCCGCUAUGAACAAUCUCGUCAAGCUUCUGUGGAGAGAAGAUAAUAUGGACCUUCAGCUGGCUAUCCAAGGCAUGCCUCAUAUUGUUAUGUACCUCACACUUAAACUGGACUCUGAAACAUCUAAGGAUGAGCAAGAAAUUCUUUACCAAUACCCCGUAUCAGAAGCAUCCCAAAAGCUGAAAAGUGUGAGAGGAAUAUUUCUCACUCUCUGUGAUAUGCUGGAAAAUGUGACUGGAGCCCACAUUAUCAGCUCAUCCCUUUUUUUAUGUGGGAAACUGGUUCAGGUGGUUUACUGGAAAGAAUCUGACAAGUUGCUUGUGAUUGGCCUUCCUGCAGAAAGUGUGCCUCUUUCUCAGCUAAGGAACAUGAUUACAGAUGUUGUGAGAACCUUAAAAUUUAUGUAUGGUUCUUUGGACAGUGCUUUUUGCCAGGUGGAAAACGUUUCCCGCUUGGAUCAUUUUUUCAACCUGUUCUUCCAGCGAGCAAUUCAGCCUGCCAGACUCAACUCGAACGCCAGCCCCAGUGCUCAGCACUAUGAUAGCUGCAGUGCAUUGUUUUUAGACAAUCUCCCAGGGGUACGCUGGCUAACGCUGGCUCAAGAAAUCAAGAUGGAAAUUGACACAGCACUGAGUGAUUUGGAGGCAGCUGAUUUUGCAGAGCUGUCUGAAGAUUACUAUGACAUAAGACGGUUGUAUAUGAUUCUGGGCUCUUGUCUCUUCUAUAAGGGCUAUUUGAUUGGCAAUCACUUACCAAAGGAGGAUCUUAUUGAUAUAGCUUUAUAUAGUCGACACUAUUGCCUGUUACCCUUGGCAGCAGAACAGAGGAUUGGUCAGUUAGUGAUAUGGCGAGAAGUAUUUCCACACCAUCACCUCCAACCAAGUGAAGCUUCAGGUGUUACAGGAUACAGGGAGCCUGAAGCAAGAUACUUUUUACUAAUAGUUGGUUUGAGACACUUUAUGCUGUGUGUUUUGCUGGAGACCGGGGGCUGCACUUCCAAAGCCAUUGGGAAUCCAGGACCGGACUGUAUAUAUGUUGAUCAGGUCAAAGCAACUAUACUUCAGUUGGAAGGAAUAGAUUCCAGCAUAGAGGAAAGAUUAGAAGCUCCCGCCAUUCCAUGUCUGUCUUGUGCUGACUGGUUCCUUCCUGCAUCACGUGACAAACUGGAAAGCUUUACAACCCCACCAAUCCUCAGUAAACUGCAAAAUACUUCCAAAACCACAGCGUCUCCAAUAAGCAAGAGAACACUCUUCACUGACUCCUCCUUAAGGACACGUAAGCUCAGUCCCUCAAGGAGCAGUGGAGGAUCUGACAAUGGCAGUGAAGGUCCUGAAGAAGGUGGAGGCCUUAACCUACUUGCUACAGUAGAUCAGGUCCGAAAGCACGAACGAAAAGAAUCCCAAAGUUUUGGCGGGUCUGAGGGAAGUGGUAGCUUGUUCAAGGUCACUAAAAAGAAACAUACCCUUCCAAAUCCUUUUCAUUUAGGAAACCUGAAAAAGAAUCUUUCAGAGAAAGAUACGGAACUCUAUAAUGCUGUCAAGUUGACGUCUGGUCCUGAGAACACCCUCUUCCACUAUAUUUCUUUAGAAACAAUGCAAGGAAUCUUUAUUACUCCUACGCACAAAGAAGUACAACAGCUCAGUGGAUCCAUCCACCCUCAGCUAAUCAAGAAUUUUCAUCGUUGCUGUCUUUCAAUUCGCUCCAUUUUCCAGCAGGCCGUGAUGAAAGAAAAAGUGUAUGGCAUGUGCAGUGACAGUUUAAGCUUCCCCCCCACCCCCCUGCUAUUGCGUUUCAACCCUGAUCUGAAGAGACUAUCUUUGAAGAAAAAGAAAAAUGCAGACAGUGGGAGCAAUUUAGAUUCCAGAAAAGCAAGUUCUGACCUCAAUCUAGUGAGAGAACAUGGGGUUUUGUUUGAGUGUUCCCCUGAUAACUGGACUGACCAGAAGAAACCACCACCAACUAUGACUUACUGGGUGGUAGGGAGACUCUUCCUACAUCCAAAACCUCAGGAGUUUUAUGUCUGUUUUCAUGAUUCAGUCACAGAAGUUGCUGUUGAACUGGCUUUUAAACUGUCCUUUGGCUUAGCUACAUAGAUGUGCUUCCUGACUAAGCAGCAGUCCUGAACAGUGCUGGAAUCCAUCUAAAGCACUUAAAUAUAAACAGAAACUGAGUAAAUCGUGACACCCUUCUGUAUGUUCUUUUGAAGUGCUUUAAAACAAAAUUCUGCCUUGUGAACUA